AUGUCUUCGUCCACUGUGACUGUUGUGUCAGCUCCCGGAAAAGUUCUGAUUAUUGGUGGAUAUUUAAUUCUCGAUAGAUCAUACCAAGGUCUAACAAUUGGAACAGACGCUCGUUUCUACACUAUCGUCAAGCCCGGAAAUAAAUGCUCAAAAAUCACAGUUCACUCACCACAAUUCAACGACGCAGCCUGGGAGUAUCGGGUUAAUGACGCUUGUCAAGUCGAAGCAAUAAAUGAGGAUAAUCGAAAUUCCUUCGUUGAAAUUACCGUCAAGUAUACUCUCUCGGUUAUCGCAAACCGAAUUCCGAAACAAAAAUUUAACGAAAUAAUUAAUCAAGGAUUGGAUAUAUACAUCGCUGGUAGCAACGAUUUCUAUUCACAAAGAAAACAGCUGGAAAUCCUUAAAUUACCUUUGAACACUUCUUCGCUACGCUUGCUCACUCCAUUCAAUAAGAACGAUAUAAAUUUGAAGCAAGUCCAUAAAACCGGUCUUGGCUCGUCAGCAGCGUUGAUAACUUCUCUGGUGGCUGCUUUACUUAUCCAUUUCCAAUGCAUCGAUAAUAUUGGAAAUCAACAGAAAACGCUAAUUCACAAUGUGGCUCAAAUGUGUCAUUGUCUGGCACAGGGAAAAAUUGGAUCGGGGUUUGAUGUAUCCGCAGCUGUUUGGGGAAGUCACGUGUAUAAAAGGUUUUCACCUGAUAUUUUGAACCCGGUUAUUCAAGAUGAGAAUAACGUGGAUGGCGCAACAAUUGAUAAUAUUGUCGAUCCUUCCACCAGCAAUUGGGAUAACGAGGUGGUACCGACCGCACUUCCUCCACGAUUUACCUUAGUUAUAGCCGAUGUUGACAUUGGAUCCAACACUCCCAAACUAGUUGGAAAGGUUUUGGCUUGGCGAAAAGCUAAUCCUGAACAAGCAAAAGCUUUAUGGGAUACACUUGCAUCUCACAAUUCCAUGGUCAUUGAUGGUCUACGAGAAUUGAGAAGCGAAUAUGAGAAUAACAAAUCUGAAUAUGAGAAGGCGAUAGAACUUUGUUCUGAAGUAAAAGGUUCCGAGUGGGCGACGCUGGCCGAACAAAAAACUUUACACUCCAAUAUUAUCAACGGACUUAUCAAAAUUUUUCAAUCAUUCCAAAAAGUUAGGCAAUUUCUACGUGAAAUGUCAACUCUCUCUGGCGCUCCAAUAGAACCUCCAGUGCAAACCAAAUUACUUGACGCGUGCACAGAAAUUCCCGGAGUUAUUAUGGCCGGUGUGCCUGGCGCUGGAGGAUUCGACGCAAUCUUUUGUAUAGGCAUUGGAAAUAAGUUUGUUGAGAAUGUUGAGAACCUUUGGUUGAAUUGGAAAGAAAUGAAUGUUGGGCCUCUUUUGGCCAAUGAAUCAUCUGAAGGAUUAAAAAUUGAAAAUUUAGAUAGUGUCAAGGGACUGGCUACUAUUUUGACCUGA